UCCACUUGAACAACCAAGUAGUUUUUCAGGGCGCAUUCCCCGGCAGCGAUGUGGAGGGAGAGGGCGACCACGUUCAGCUGAAACAUUUCACACUUACAUAUCGCAUCGGCUUUUUGUUUAUUAGUUGGUUUCUUCUUUUAUCCACUUCACGAGCUUGUUGCAGGAAAAACAAACUUGUGGGAAGAAAACAAGCGCGAGAGAAGUGAAGACGACUGAGCUGCAGCCUGGCCGUUGGUUUUUUUUUUUUGUCCUCUUUCUGUUUUCUACUCGAGCCAUUGUUUGGAUAUGAGGAGAUGAAAUCGGACGUGUUUCUUCUUCCUUGAGCAGGCGCUUGGACUUGAGUUGUAUUUCUUGUGGUCUCUUGGAUCCGUAAGGGGAGAGAGAAAGCCCCCCGCCCCUUCCCUCCAUUCCUGAGCAGCAGCAGCAGCAGCAGCAGCAACAAACACGGGGGCCACAAGUUGUCCACAAGCUGCGGAGGAGGCGAAACUUUGCCAAGUUUGCGCUGCGCAUCCGGCCACCGACGCCAUAAUUAUCCAUCGAUAUUUUUUCCCAUCAGCGGCCGUGUCGCAACUUUAAACUGUGGAUUACUGUUGUCGCGAGGCUCGCCAUGGACCACGGAGCCGCGUUCAGGGGAUGAAAAGGGAGUUUUGAAACAUGAACAGCUCCUUGUAGUUUUGGUGCGACUCGCUCCGGUGGCACGUUUUGGACUACGCUCGCCUGAGAAGCUGUAUACAUAUAAUAGAAGUGAAUAGCUGCUGAGCCGUUGCUGUUUCCCCCCUGUGCGAUCCUUCACCCACUGCUGUGCCAACAUGCCACAGCUGAACGGAGGCGGCGGGGACGACCUGGGGGCCAACGAUGAGAUGAUAUCGUUUAAAGACGAAGGGGAGCAGGAGGAGAAGAUCUCCGAGAAUGUGUCCGCGGAGAGGGACUUGGAUGAUGUGAAGUCCUCCCUGGUGAACGAGUCGGAAAACAACAGCAGCUCGUCAGACUCGGAGCAAGCAGAGAGGCGCCCCCAAACCAGAGUGGACUCAGACAGUUAUGAGAAAACAAGAGACUACUUCAGUGAAGCACUGAGGAGGCAGCAAGAUGGAGGCUUUUUUAAGAGUCCUCACUAUCCUGGCUACCCGUUCCUCAUGAUCCCAGACCUCUCCAACCCCUACCUAUCCAACGGCUCGCUGUCCCCCAGUGCCAGAACAUACCUGCAGAUGAAGUGGCCUCUUUUGGACGUUCCCGGAUCUGUAGGACUAAAAGACUCCCGCUCCCCAACACCAGGACAUUUAUCCAACAAAGUCCCAGUGGUGCAGCACGCCCACCACGUCCACCCACUGACGCCGCUCAUCACCUACAGCAAUGAACACUUCUCCCCCGGCACGCCGCCGUCACACCUCUCCCCAGAGAUCCUCGACCCAAAGACAGGUAUCCCCCGGACACCUCACCCAUCAGAGCUCUCUCCAUACUACCCCCUGUCUCCUGGUGCUGUCGGUUCCAUCGCUCACCCUCUGGGUUGGCUCAUGUCACAGCAGGGCCAGUCCAUGUACUCCAUCCCUCCGGGGGGAUUCCGUCACCCCUACCCAGCGCUAGCGAUGAAUGCCUCCAUGUCCAGCUUGGUGUCCAGCCGUUUCUCCCCUCACAUGGUGACUCCGCCCCCGCACGGCCUCCACCAGACGGGCAUCCCCCACCCUGCCAUCGUCUCCCCGGCCAUCAAGCAAGAGCCAGGCGGUGACCACAUCGGCUCCUCGAUGCAUGGGAAAUCCCCUGUUCCCCCCAAGAAAGAAGAGGACAAGAAGCCUCAUAUCAAGAAGCCCCUGAAUGCUUUCAUGCUGUAUAUGAAGGAGAUGAGAGCCAAAGUGGUGGCAGAGUGCACUCUGAAAGAGAGCGCUGCCAUCAACCAGAUCCUUGGAAGACGGUGGCAUUCCCUGUCGAGAGAGGAGCAAGCCAAAUAUUACGAGCUGGCCAGAAAGGAGAGGCAACUCCACUCCCAGCUCUAUCCAGGAUGGUCAGCACGGGAUAACUAUGGAAAGAGGAAAAAGAGGAAGAGAGACAAUAAACCAGACUCAAAACCAGAAGACUUCUCCAUAAGAAGCAAGAAGCAGUGUGUGCAGUACCUGCCCUCGGAGAAGAUGUGUGACAGCCCGGCGUCAUCCCACGGCAGCAUGUUGGACUCACCAGCCACUCCCUCUGCGUCCUUGGCCUCCCCCGCCGCGCCUGCCGCCACUCACUCCGAGCAGGCGCAGCCGCUCUCGCUCACCACCAAACCAGAGGGACGCAUGCACCACCACCACUUCUCCCUAGCCGGCAAGGCCUCUGGAUCCACAUCCUCUUCUUCCUCCUCCUCUUCUUCCUGCUCAUCCCAACCCGCCAUUUCCAUCCCAAUGGGUGGUUCAGGUAGCCGUUCGACUACACCCAUCCUUUCUCGGCCAAUCCCCUUCACCUCCCUGCACCACUCCAUGCUCUCCCCACCUUCCCCUUUCCAUCAGGCAGCCCUUCACUCCCAUCAUGCCCUGUUCCAGUCGCAGCCCCUCUCCUUGGUAACCAAACCAACUGAAUAAAUCCGCAAUGGCAAUUUCUCUCCCAUUUAUUGUGCUGUAUAUUGCUUUUCUUUAAAAUAGAUAUUAGAACAACUUUUUUUCUAAAUGAUGAAAAGGAAGAAUUGUUAUUGGUCAAUAUUUGACUGCCUCCUUUUCUACAUCUCUCAAUGAAACAAAGUGUAUUUUUUGUAAAGUUUACUGCAGAACUGGUUUCUUUUUUUUUGAUGCAUUUAUCCAAUGAACCUCUUGUAUAAAAGAACCAAUGUACAUAAAGUUUCUUUAUAAAAACAAAAAGGAACAAAAACAUGUUUUCUUUUUAGCCAAAACCUGAUUAAUGUUAGUAUUAAGUUUAAGUCAUAGUACUGGCCAAUAAUUGCAGCCCCCCCCCCCCUUUUCAAUUCACGAGCGUGUGCCCCUUCUUUGACAUGUUAAAUAAACAUUUGAAAUUGUUUCGUAAAAAAAGAAAUGCCUCGCUGUGUCUUUUCACGUGCAUUCAAAAUGUGUUCUUGUCAUUUAAUAAGGAGAGAAGUCUUUAACAAGGUAAUGUGGUCUGGGUUAAUAUUCUCAUAAUAGUGACCAUGGUGCAUAAGAAGUUGAUCACUGUCUUUGUGUAGGUGUUGGGAAUAAAGAUUUAAUGAGCAGCGUUAUGUUAUAACAGCCACAAUGAAAACGAAUGUAAGUCCAUAACACACCUGUCAUUUUUUAGAGUUGUGUGAUGUGUUAGUUCUGAACAGGGAACGUCUUCAAUCCUCACUGACGGUGGUUAAAUGUUUAAUAAAGCAGAAUUAGGCCAACCACACUGGAAAAUGAGUCCCUGAACCAGGCUAACAAAAAAACAUCCAAGCCCAAAAAUAAAUACAAAUAAAAAAAUAAUAGACGACUGCUCCUACUCGGAAUACAGUGUCCUGCAAAAACAAUGACAAAACAGCAGGUCAGCUCCGUCCCAGCGCUGGGAUCCCCUGCCCGGGCUCCCCGUUCCUUUUUGCACUUUUCACUGCAUCUUUAUUCACCGUUUGGCAUGCUGCUUAGGCUUUAAUUAACUCAGAGGUAAUGGGAUGGAGCCCCUGGGACCUCAUUAGGCAUUUCAAUUAGCGAAAAAAUACACAAGGUAGGUUACAGUUUUUGGUGGCCUUGGAGAUGAGGAGUAGUGCCAGGGAUGGACCAAUUAUGUCAGAGCGGGAGGGGGGCGGUGGAUCUGGGGUACUGGCCUGGUUGAGCCCACUGGCACAUGGUAUACAUUGCACCAUUAAAAAGAUGCCUUUCCAGAUAGUAGACAGCACCAGCAGAUAUAAUGCACCGACGCUUUAAUUGAUUUUCAGCAAUCAGAUGCUACAUAAAUGAUCUUGAUGUUGCAGAUCCAUAGGAGUCAAAGCCAUUUAUUAAUGCUGAUUUUAUUCAUAAUCCGUGCACUAAUAAUUGUCUGUCAAGGACUCAGAUGGUAGAGCCAUGAAACAAAUGUACUCCUAGUUAUAGACAGCGCUCCAUAAAAAA